AUGGCGUCAGAUGCCUUGCAGAGGGAGCUCCCACUUCGUCCUGAACCCUUUGAUUUCCAUGGAGUCUCAAUGACUAAAUAUUUAGUAGACAACUGGGAAAAUGUCCAAAACUUUGAGACGAGACCGGAUGAUAUACUCAUUGCAACAUACCCCAAAGCAGGGACCACAUGGGUCUCCUACAUCCUGGACCUGCUGUAUUUUGGUCAGACGAGUCCAGAGCGACAGAAAUCCAUCCCCAUCUAUGACAGAGUUCCUUUUUUGGAGUUCAUCGUCCCGAACUUCGUUUCAGGAAAAGACCAGGUAGACAAUCUUCCCACCACCCCUCGACUCAUCAAAACUCAUUUUCCAGUCCAGUUUGUGCCAAAGUCAUUUUGGGAAAAGAACUGUCGGGUUGUCUAUGUGGCCCGCAAUGCAAAGGACAACAUGGUGUCCUAUUUCUACUUUUCCUGCAUGACACUGUUCCUACCAGAACCUGGAGAUUGGAGCAGCUUCUUUCAGAAGUUCUUGGAGGGAAAGGUGUCAUAUGGUUCCUGGCACGACCACGUGAGCGGUUGGUGGCAAAAGAAACUGACCUAUCCAAACCUCCAUUACAUGUUUUAUGAAGAUUUAAGUGAGGACACUGGACGAGAAAUAGACAAACUCUGCUCCUUUCUCGGUUUGUCUCCGUCAGCUGAGCUCAAAGACAUGGUUGUGAACGGAGUGCAGUUUGAUAACAUGAAAAAUAAUCAGAUGGCAAAUUAUUCCACUUUCCCAGCCAUGGAUUUCAGGAUCUCUUCCUUCAUGAGAAAAGGGAAGGUUGGUGAUUGGAAAAAGCACUUGACUGUGGCCAAUAAUGAAGCUUUUGAUGACGACUACAAGAAAAAAAUGAAGGAUCCCACUCUGAAGUUUCGCACUGAAAUUUAA